AUGUCCUCUGAACAUCACUACCAUUUUAUUAAUCUAAAGGGUUCAAACUUUCACUCCUAUGGCCAAGGUCUGUUCCUAUUACUAUGGUUUAUUGCCAUUCUCAUUUUUGUCCCUUCAUUUUUCCUAUGUGUCCUCUUAUGUCACCGUCGCUUCUCACAACAACAUAACUCCGCAGCCACCACAACGCUCUCUCCCCUCCAUGAUCAUCAAAAGGUAAGAGUUGAUUUCACCAACAACACUUUGUUUUCAUCUACAACUACCAAGGUUGAUGAAGGGUUUGAGAAGAAAGAAUGUUGUAUAUGUUUGAGUCUUUUCCAAGAUGGUGAAAGGUUGAAGGUGUUAACCCAAUGUCAACAUGCCUACCAUUCUGAGUGCUUGGAUAUGUGGCUUCGUGCACAUCCUAGUUGCCCUCUUUGCAGGGCCUCACUCAAUGUUAGUAAUUCUCUGAUGAAGAAAUCUGAUGUUUAA